AUGAUGGAGUUCAUUGAUUGGGAAGAAGAAGGAAUAAACGAGAAUUUUGUUGGGGAACUUGAUGUAAGUCAUGGAUAAUAUAAUUUUGGUUACAACUAGCUAAAAUGGCUGUUUUGGGUAAUCAUUUGAUUAAAUAUGUAUUAAACAAUCUUUUUUUUGUAAAUUUAUGUUUGAUUUUUGUUUUUCUACUUUGUUUUUGACCGAUAUUUAAGAGAAUACAUUAUUAAUACCUAAAUUUCAGGGCUGGAAGAAGUUCUUUUGCCAAGGGACGGGAAUCGAGAUGGAGGAGAACAAACUGAAUGUUAUUGGUCGAAUGGUCGGUUUACUGGUUAAUUUCUACCUGUCAGCGCGACAAAUUGUGCCUUCAGAUGUAUUUCAGUUUGGUCGAUACCCGAAUAAGGUCACUUUUUCUAUGAUUUCGGCCAAGAAUUCAGCAAAAUUGAAUAAUGAAAAGAACACGGAGAUUCAGAGUGGCAUCAAAGAGGUUGUGGACUUGAUCAAGAGUGGGGACGUGAGUUUUUAAACGUUUUUUGGUUCGAAUUUUAGGUUUUGGUCGAAAAAUUUGAAGAAAACCUACGAAAAUUGAAGAUUUUGGAGCAUUUUAGGUAUAAUUUUGAGCUUACUACUAAUUUUGGGAUGUGAUUUUGAUUUUUAUAAGUAUAUAAAGUUAUAUUUAUGAUUUUAUUACUUAAAUUAGUAUUUUCUAGUAGCUUUACACUUUCUUUUUAGUUAGAAACCUUCCAACUGGUUAUGGUCAAGUUUAAAGAUGUUAGCAAGCCAAAAAGGAAGGUUCUUGAAGAGUUGGGCUUUAGCUUGAACACUACACAUGAUGAUACGCUUAUGUUAAGGUAUGUUUGAAUAACGGUUUUGCCCUUUUUAUUAGAAAAACGGAUGGUUAGUAUCAGGUGUUCUGGUUUCUUUCGGUUAUAACUUUUGUUAAAGACAAGGUAGAGUCUUGCAUUUUGACCUUUAUAUAGAUUAUUUUAUUGGUCAGCUAAUGAAAAAAAGAAAUUUUUGAAAUUUUGAGAGUCCUUGGAGUUACAGUACUUUUACAGUACUCUUCAACCAUUUUUUCUACAUUUUUUUCAUUUUCAGUAUUGGUGACUUCACGUAUGACGUUCAAUUUGCAAAAACCAGUCUGGACGAGCUGAUUCAAUCAUAUUUCGUCUUAUUAUGCAAAUUCUACGGUUAUAUUUCGGCGCUGCAACCAUUGCCAAAAGAUACGGUGGUUCAAGGUCAUAUCACACUGCACAAGGAAAAAGCGAUCGAACAGCCGCAACUGGGACGAUUUCAGCAUGAAGAUGUUGAGUUUGAUUACGCUGGGUUGGAAGAUGAGGUUUUGGACGAAAUUUGCUUAACACGCCGCAGGCAGCACGAGAAACGGCUCGGGUAGGGUGGAUAAUAUUGGUUUAUUUGGGGUUUUGUUAAUUUUUGAUCGGAUAAGAUAAGUUUGAUUAAAAAUUGAUGGCAUGGUAAAUAAUAAUUUUAUUUUUUUCAUUGUUUUAGAGCUGUGUCAAUCUUUCGUCACAAGCGCUGCAACAAGAAGCAGGUAAUCGCCGGAGCGAAGGACUACCUUAAUGAUCUUGUGGAGGAGGAAAAGGUGUGGACCGUUUUGUUAUAAUUUUUGGAAUUUUUUUUAUUAUUCUAGGUCUUGCUGUGGGGUUUUUCUCGUUUGACGAUAUGGACGGGGUAAAAAAAUUUGGGGGUGGUUAAAUUUUUUUUGUUACCUUGAUGUUCGAAAGUGGUUUAAUAUUAGAUAUGUCAUUUUUUUACUUUGUGUAGUCAUAACUUUGUCAUUUUAGGCCCAAAACCCAGAAAAGUACGAGGCAGAAAAAGAUAGUGAUAAUCGAAGGAGCGGCACGGAUUCUGAUAGUCACGAUGAAGCGGAAUCAAGAAGGGUACAUUUGAAUUUUUAAUAUGUGUUUUAGUAUUAAUUUUCUGAAAGGUCAAAUGUUAUAUCAGUCCCUAAAGCAGUAAAACAUAUUUUUUAUGAUUUGAGAAAAGACCUACUAUAAUAUAGCUUUAGGGUAAAUUUGUCCGUUAUGAUAAAUGCAAGAUUAACGAUUUGGUUUCAGACGGUCGAACCAAUGGACACCAGUUUGCCCGAAACAACCGAAAUUCCAGUAAGUUAAAGGGAAAAGUUACAGUAGUUAAGAGAGGAGAAUUUUUCUUUGAAUUACAUUUUUCAUGGGUUCCAUAAUAAGUUGUAUUAAUAGUAUAAGUUAAUAAAUGAAAAAAGAAGAAAAAACGACCAUAUUUUAACGAAAUGGUUAAUAUCAGGGUAUUAAAGAAGUCUUGUCGUCACUUUGUCUUAUUUUUAGCUGCAAAAAGCGACAAGAAAUUUUUAAAAGUUGACAUUAACAAGAAAGGGACUCAACCUAAGCCACUAACGAAUAAAGUUAAUAUCAGGGUGUUAAAUAAAGUCUUGUCGACAUUUCUUAUCCUUUGUAGCGAUAAAAAGCGACGAGACUUUGUAGAAGGAUAAUACGUUUCUGGUGACUAUAUUUUAAAAUUUCGCGAGAUUCCAUUUUUCAACUACAGAAAUUUCGAUUUGAAAAAGCUCAUUUUAAAAUUUUGACAUUUUUAGGUUUAAAUAUUUACUGUUUUUAGGUAGAAGACGCACACAUCAACCAUGUAGAACGCGAACCCAUGCCACAAAUUGAAACCCUGCCCGCUGGCAAGAAACAAAAGUUGGAUGACCUGGUCAAUAUCAAGAAGUUGUUGUCCAAAGAAGAGAGAAAAGGUGUAAUUUUCGAAAGGAAAAAACGCGGUCGAAAAGCCAAAAAGUGA